GUUAAUUUGUUUGCAAUUUGUAUCAUUCAUCAAUGCCGAUAAUAAUGAUAAUUCAGGUGAUGAUGAUGAUGAUAAAUUACAACCAAUAACGAUGCCAUCGGUACCACCUGUUUAUAUUCGUGGACCAUCAUUAGAUCAAUAUAUUAAUACAAUAUUACCAAUCGAUUAUGAUCGUCAAAAACGGCCAUUAAAUCCAUAUACAAUCGAUACAAUAACCAAUGUAUCAAUAUCAUUAUUUGUUAAUGAAUUAAGAGGUGUUGGUGAUGUACAACAAAACUAUGAAAUUGAUGUUACACUUACACUUGAAUGGUAUGAACCAAGGAUACUUGCCGAUCAAAUUGAUCGUCAACUAACAAUUAACGAUGAAUUUCUUAUUCAAAAAUUCUGGCUACCCGAUUUAUUCAUUGUAAAUGCACAAUCAAUAUCGAUAAUUCAUUCGGUAAAUCCUAUACAAAAAUUAAUUAUUACCGAACGUGGACAAAUAUAUUAUGUACGACGAUUAGAUGCACAGCUACAAUGUUCAAUUAAUUUGGAAAAAUAUCCACAUGAUCAUAAUUAUUGUGAUAUACGUUUUUCUACCAUAUUACAUAAUACCAGCGAAAUAUUUAUUUGGAUAAAAGAUUUUAAUGUUUAUCAGGAUGAAUAUCCACAUUUUCGUGUACGUGAAUGGUAUACAUGGGAUUCAUGUGCAUCAUAUAAUUAUCCAAUACAGGAAAAUCCAUGCAUUGUUGGAACAAUAAAAUUUGUUCGUCAUCUUAGUUAUUAUGUAAUACGUUAUUAUUUAUUGGAUUUUCUUGCUGUUUGGGUUAGUUUUUUAAGUUUUUGGAUUCCGGUUAAUAUGUGGCCAGCAAGAAUUGCUCUAACAGUUGUACCAUUAUUGAAUCUAAUUACACAAGAUAUAUCGGUAAAUAAUGAAAUACAAUGUAAUUAUGUAACAUCAUUCCAUUGGUGGAUGAUGUGGAUACAGGGUAUUGUUUGGGCCGAUAUAGCUGAAUAUGCAACAGCAAUGGCAUGGUCACAUUUUAUUGCUGAUAAAAAAAAUCAUCAUAAAAAAUGGAAAGAACAACAGGAUCAGAUUGCAGCCGGUAACAUUGCCACAAUAACCAAUCCAUUAAAACCAUAUGUUGAUGGUUAUUAUUUUGGUAAUGAUGGUUGGUAUAAAAAAUGUGGUGAAUUUUUUGAUAAAAUGUUAUUCUAUUUUUAUGGUGAAGUUGAUUAUCAACGUGAUCCAUAUGUUCGUAAUAAGAUUGAUUAUUUAGCAAGAAUUUUUUUCCCAUUUUUAUUUACAAUGUUUUGUAUGAUUUAUUCAUUAGCAACAGCCGCACCAUGGGCUGGCAAUUAUGACUAGACAGAAAAA